AUGUCUAAAGCUAAUAUAGACGUCGAGAAAAUCCUGCAGGGGAAAUACCCAGCUAAGGCGCAUGCGAAGCGCGUAGUCGAGUAUAUCAGGUCCAAGAUCCCUGAUGCUACCGGUGUUCUAUACUUGGAGGGACGGUCGGAUAAGCUACUGGAAGACAGCGACGAGCCUGUUCCUUUCCGACAACGGAGAGCUUUCAUGUACUUGACUGGUGUUGAUGUCGCCGACUGCUUCUUCAUCUACGAUAUCGCAACCGCACAUUCGACCCUCUUCAUCCCUCCCAUAGACCCGGACUCGGUUAUCUGGUCUGGUCUGCCAUUGUCUCCCGAGGAAGCUUUGGCUAAAUACGACGUCGAUGCUGUCCUUCCCUCGACCGAGCUUAACCCUACGCUAGCUAGGCUAGGAGCUGCGCCCAAUGCGACCGUCUUCGCCAUCGCCGAUCGAAUCUCGGAUGCUGUGACCUUCCUAGAAUUCACCAACAAAGACUUUACCGUCCUAGGCGAAGCCAUUGACGAGUGCCGAGUCAUCAAGGACGAGUACGAAAUCGCUCUCAUCAAGAAGGCUAAUGAGAUUAGUGGUGUCGCCCACAAGGCGGUUCUUGAAAGAGUAAAAAAGGCUAAGAACGAGUAUGAGCUGGAGGGAGUAUUCGUGGGCGCGAGCAUCGCCCAGGGAGCCAAGAAGCAGGCCUACCCUAGUAUAGUUGCCAGCGGACGGGCCGCUGCUACCCUGCAUUAUGUGCAUAAUAACAAAGAUCUAGCUGAAAAAGACCUGUUACUUCUAGACGCUGGUGCCGAAUGGAAUUGCUAUGCUUCUGAUAUCACGAGAACCUUUCCUAUUUCCGGGAAAUUUACAGAAGAGUCCCGAGCCAUUUACGAGAUCGUCCUCCAAAUGCAAACGGAGACCAUAGCCGCCCUAAAAGAGGGUGUGUCCUGGGACGAGGUGCAUCUAUUAGCGCAUCGGAUAGCAAUUGAUGGCCUCUUAUCUCUGGGUGUCCUUAAAGGAGACAGGAAGGAAAUUCUUGAAGCACGAACCAGCACUGCUUUCCUCCCUCAUGGUCUAGGCCACUACCUCGGAUUGGAUACUCACGACACUGGUGGUCACCCUAACUAUUCGGAUCCUGACCCGAUAUUUAGAUAUCUACGAGUACGGGCGAACCUACCUGCUGGAAGUGUGAUCACUGUGGAACCCGGUAUCUACUUCUGUGAGUUUAUAAUCAGGCCCUACUUGAAGGACCCUAAGCACUCUAAGUUUAUCGACGAGAAAGUGUUGGACAAAUACUGGGAUGUCGGUGGCGUGAGAAUCGAGGAUAACUUACUUAUCACGAAGGACGGCUCUAUCAAUCUAACGGAUGCGAUCAAGGACCCCGAUGAGAUAGAGAAGAUUAUUUCCAGCAGCUAA